GCGCGCUUUGGCCAAUCACGUCAGCUGGCGGCGGGAGGAGGCGGAGGGACCGUCGUUUACAGCUAACGGAUCGUGGAGCAGAUCACAUUCUUCGUCCGUCGAAUUGCGGCAUCCAGUUCAGGAUAAUGGACUUCUAACUGGGCAAUUUCAACACAAAAAUCAUUCCUCUUAGGCGCAGUAUCAUUUUCAUUUAGCUCUUAUCCAUGAGAUUCUUCAGGCUUACCUUCAAGUGCUUCGUGGACUGCUUUUGAAUCUCCUCCUGUCAACGGCUGAACUGACCGCGGCGCUUUGUGAAAAUUUCCAUCUCUUGGCUGAGCUGAGGGCUUCCAACGUGAGAUAUUUUUUUAAAAAAGAAAAAAAAAACUGAGAUUUUUUUUCCAGGAAGGGGGAUAUUAAUAAACUCAGAAAAUCAAAAGACAACUGGAGCACUGCACAGUGUGGUUUACAAAUCCCUGUCUGCCCCUGAGCCCACCGGGUCCCUCCUUGGCCGGGCAUUUAAAAACUUCAGCUCCCUCUGGCUAAAUAAAAACAGCUUGCUCUUUUUGAAAAACAUAUACACGUACAUUUUGUGCCGCGACUCAACAACAUGUCACCUGAGUUGGAAGAGAACAGCCAAGGUGAAAUCAGUGUUCCCCAGCUGGACACAGGGACCCUGUCCGAGGAGGAGGGCAGCGGGUCAGCUCGCCCUCUGGUGCCUGUGCCUGGGGUGGGCUCAGGGUGUGAUGAGGGCGGAGGGGUUGGCCCACCGCAGACCCAGGACGAUGCUGUGGCCGGGGCUGGAAAUGGGUCUGUAACAGUACCAGCAGCGGAGAGAGAAACCUGGACCAGACAAAUGGACUUCAUCAUGUCCUGCGUGGGUUUUGCUGUUGGCUUGGGCAACGUGUGGCGGUUCCCUUACCUGUGCUACAAGAAUGGAGGAGGGGUUUUCCUGAUCCCUUACUUGCUGAUCGUCUUCAUUGGGGGCAUUCCGGUCUUCUUCUUGGAGAUUGCACUGGGACAGUUCAUGAAGCAGGGAGGGGUCUCUGCAUGGAACAUAGCACCCCUCUUUAAAGGUCUGGGCUUGGCCUCAAUGGUGAUAGUGUUCUUCUGUAACACUUACUACAUCAUGAUCCUGGUGUGGGGCCUCUACUUUCUCUUUCACUCUUUCACUAACCCACUGCCCUGGGCCACCUGCGGACACCCCUGGAACACCCCCAACUGUACACAGGACUUUCGACGAACCUGCCACAAUCGCAGUACUGCCCAGCUUGCUCCACCAUUGUCUGCUGCCACCAACUCCAGCCUGCUCUCCUCUGCAUCCCCCCUGAACCUGUCCUCAGCACAGCUCCUCAUCAAUGGCAGCUGCAUGGAUGCUGAGGGCCUGCGUUCUCCUGUCAUUGAGUUUUGGGAACGUAAAGUGCUUCGUCUGUCUGGAGGGCUGCAUGAGCCUGGAGAUAUAAGCUAUGAGAUGGUGCUAUGUCUUAUAGCCACCUGGGUCAUUGUUUACUUCUGCAUGUGGAAAGGAGUUAAAUCUACUGGCAAGGUUGUGUACUUCACAGCUCUUUUCCCCUACCUGGUUCUGGUUGUUCUUCUUGCCCAUGGGGUCACUCUACCUGGAGCUUUGGAUGGCAUUGUGUACUACCUGAAACCAGACUGGUCCAAACUUGGAGAAGCGCAGGUGUGGAUUGAUGCCGGCACUCAGAUUUUUUUCUCCUAUGCCAUCGGACUAGGUGCCCUGACUGCGUUGGGCAGCUACAAUCGCUUCCAUAACAACUGUUAUCAGGAUGCAUUUGUGCUGGCGCUCAUUAACAGUGGAACCAGUUUCUUUGCUGGCUUUGUGGUAUUCUCUGUGCUUGGUUUCAUGGCUACAGAACAAGGAGUAGACAUCAGUAAAGUAGCUGAGAGUGGUCCGGGCCUGGCCUUUAUAGCCUAUCCCAAGGCUGUGACUCUGAUGCCUCUAGCACCGCUCUGGGCAGCACUUUUCUUCUUCAUGUUGCUCAUACUGGGCCUGGACAGUCAGUUUGUAGGGGUAGAGGGUUUGAUAACGGGAAUCAUGGACAUGCUGCCCCCUAAAUCUGCCCUUGGCUCACUUCGGCGAGAGGUAGUCGCUGCCAUCUGCUGCAUCAUCUGCUUCCUCAUUGACAUGUCCAUGGUCACUGAGGGAGGGAUGUAUGUCUUCCAGCUGUUUGACUACUACUCUGCCAGUGGCAUCACUUUGUUGUGGCAGGCCUUCUGGGAAUGUGUGGUGGUUGCAUGGGUCUAUGGCGCAGAUCGUUUCAUGGACGAUGUGGCUCGUAUGAUUGGCUAUCAGCCCCUACCCUAUAUGAAGUGGUGCUGGUCCUACAUCACACCUUGUGUCUGUGUGGGAGUGUUCCUGUUCCAUGUGGUGAACUACAAGCCCCUGACGUACAAUACAGUGUACACAUACCCCAUAUGGGGUGAAGCACUUGGCUGGGCGCUGGCCCUGUCCUCUAUGCUCUGUAUCCCUCUCACUGUUCUCUACAAACUACUGCGCUGCAAAGGAUCUUUGCGGGAGCGGUGGCAGCACCUAACCACCCCAGUUUGGGGCAGACAUCACCUGGAGUACCUGGCCCCGGAGAGUGAGGCCAAACUGCUGCCCCCUGCAGGAACCAAGGGUACACUGCUAUUUGAGAGUGUCAUCUGAUGAGCUGAGCUCCACAGAACAAAAGGGCCAAGGUCAUCUUUGACAGCAGUAGACACAUACAAAAACAUACAUACCCGAAUAACUACACACUACACUGGCCUGGGAAAAGAAACAUAUAAAUUAAUUACACACCUUACCAUUUUAAAACUAUGAGAAAGACCUGAACAAUGGACCAAAGAUUAGGUUGGAGAAAAACUGAGACACACUUGCCAUAUAUUCAUCACAUGCUGAUAAACCCUCUGCUCUGUUUUCCAACUCUACCUCGCUGGCUCGUCCCUCUCUUUCUACCCCUCUGCGUUCGUGCUGUCCUGUCCUGUAUUGCUCUGUCAGUGUGAUGUGUCCGGUGUAGUUUGCGAUAUCUUGCCUUUCCACACCUUCCUGUCCGCGUUUCAACAGCCUCAUCUCUUCCAAGCAGUCAUGCCAUUUUGAAUAAACUUAAAAGCUUCUGAUAAGACGUUUUAAAAUUAAAGACCUCAUAUCUGCUGCUGGUAACGCCACGGUCUGAGUGCUUAUGUGCGUAGAUACACGAAUGCCUGUGCCCUUGUGUUUGUACAUGUGUGCGUGUGUGUGUGUGCGUGUGUGUUGCAUUGGACCGUGGCAGUGGUAUUUUCAUUUAUAUGUAACAUUGUCUUUGGCCAUUGUUUCCUACCAAUUGUUCUCUGUGAAUUAACUGUACAAAAAAAUAACUUCCAUUUGUUAAAAACAAAGGUAAUCAUGACAAGCAAUGCAUCACCAAUCCCAGCUAUGUAUUAUAAACUAACUUAAGUAUCCAGUGUAUUGUAGGGUCUGUGAAUCAGUGUUAAUAUUUGGAGGGGAUGAUGAUCAUUAUUUCCACAUGAAGAGAAGGAGAGAAACCUCUGGGUGAGCUGUGUAAAAAGACUGGGAUGAUGGGAGGGGAAAGAGAAUUGCUGUGAUGUUUUGAGAGAUGCAAUAAAUGGCCAGAUAAA